AUGGAGGCGGCGGCGGGCGCGGGUUGCGGCUCCGGGCCGCCGCUGCUGCUGAGCGAGGGCGAGCAGCAGUGCUACUCCGAGCUGUUCGCGCGCUGCACCGGCGCGGCAAGUGGGGGCCCAGGGUCCGGCCCCCCCGAGGCCGCCAGAGCCGCCCCCGGCGCGGCCACCGCAGCUGCGGGGCCCGUGGCCGACCUGUUUCGGGCGUCGCAGCUCCCCUCCGAGACCCUGCACCAGAUCACGGAACUGUGUGGUGCCAAGCGCAUUGGUUAUUUUGGUCCAACUCAGUUUUACAUUGCCUUGAAAUUAAUUGCUGCAGCACAGUCUGGCCUUCCUGUGCGGAUAGAGAGUAUUAAAUGUGAAUUGCCGCUGCCUCGAUUUAUGAUGUCAAAGACCGACAGUGACAUACGAUUUGGGAACUCAGCUGAGCUGCAUGGAACUAAGGCUCCAAUUCCAUAUUUACUCUCAGAAAAAAAUACCUUCAAAAGAAUGGAUGAUGAGGAUAAACAGCAGGAAACACAGUCUCCUACAAUGUCACCCCUCGCCUCCCCUCCUUCUUCUCCGCCUCAUUACCAGAGGGUGCCCUUGAGCCAUGGCUACAGCAAACUGCGGAGCAGCACGGAGCAGAUGCAUCCAGCUCCUUAUGAAGCUAGACAGUCCCUUGUCCAGCCUGAGGGACCCUCAUCGGGGAAUCAAGGACCCAAGCCACCUCGGCAUCAGGCUUCCCUCAUCCGGUCCUUUUCAGUGGAGAGAGAACCACAAGAUAACAGUAAUUACCCGGACGAACCGUGGAGGAUAACAGAAGAGCAGCGGGAGUACUAUGUCAAUCAGUUCAGAUCCCUCCAGCCAGACCCAAGUUCCUUCAUUUCAGGUUCAGUGGCCAAGAACUUCUUCACCAAAUCAAAGCUUUCCAUUCCAGAACUCUCCUAUAUAUGGGAGCUGAGUGAUGCUGACUGCGAUGGAGCCCUGACCCUGCCCGAGUUCUGUGCUGCAUUUCAUCUCAUUGUGGCCAGGAAGAACGGCUAUCCACUGCCCGAGGGCCUCCCUCCAACUCUGCAGCCAGAGUACCUGCAAGCAGCCUUUCCUAAACCCAAGAGGGAGUGUGCGUUAUUUGAUUCUUAUUCUGAGUCCAUGCCAGCAAACCAACAACCUCAUGACUUGAAUCGGAUGGAGAAGUUAUCUAUUAAAGAUGGGGCUGACUUUCCUGUUUCUACCCAAGAUUUGACUGGUGAUGACAAACAAGCUUUGAAAAGUACUAUGGAUGAAGCUGUACCAAAGGACACGUCUGAGGAUCCAGCAACUCCUAAGGAUUCCAACAGUCUCAAAGCAAGACCACGAUCCAGAUCUUACUCUAGCACCUCCAUAGAAGAGGCCAUGAAAAAGGGCGAGGACCCUCCCACCCCGCCACCGCGGCCACAGAAAACCCAUUCCAGAGCCUCCUCCUUGGAUCUGAAUAAAGUCUUCCAGCCCAGUGUGCCAGCAACUAAGUCAGGAUUGUUACCUCCACCACCUGCGCUCCCUCCAAGACCUUGUCCAUCACAGUCUGAACAAGCAUCUGAGGCUGAGCUACACCCCCAGCUGAACAGAGCCCCCUCGCAAGCUGCAGAGAGUAGUCCAACAAAGAAGGACACACCAUAUUCUCAGCCUCCAUCAAAGCCCAUCCGUAGGAAAUUACGACCGGAAAAUCAAGCUACAGAAAAUCAAGAACCUUCUACCACCGUUGGCGGGUCAGUGUCUGUAGCAACCAUAAAACCCCAUUCAACAGUCCAGAAACAGUCUUCCAAACAGAAGAAGGCUAUUCAAACUGCUAUCCGCAAAAAUAAAGAGGCAAAUGCAGUGCUGGCCCGGCUGAACAGUGAACUCCAGCAGCAACUCAAGGAGGUUCAUCAAGAACGAAUUGCAUUGGAAAACCAAUUGGAACAACUUCGUCCAGUCACUGUGUUGUGA